AGAUAUUUUUUUCCUGCUUGGGAAUAGACUCAAAUGCAUUUCAUGCCGUAGUCUGUUCGAUGAGAUGAUGUGUGACUCGUCACCGGAACGCGAAAAUGAGAACUCCGCGGCGACGACAUUACUUCAAAUGCUGCUCAUGGAUUGAACAUUCUUGUAUAAAAGUUAACACAGAUCCUUUUGUCAAAUAAUAAGCUUCACACAGCGCUACACAUUUACCAACAACCCACCAAUCUACAACUCUCCCUACCAAUCUCUCCCUAAGUCCUAAGACUCAUUAGCCUUUGCAACCAUGUCGUCAAACGAGCACACAAUCAUCUCUCCCGCCAUUCUAUACUGGGGCACGCCAGUAGUUCUAAUCACAUCCGAGAACGAAGACAAAACAUGCAACAUUGCGCCCAUGUCUUCCGCAUGGUGGCUAGGACAUUCCUGCGUGCUCGGUCUCGCAGCCGAUUCCAAGACGGCACAAAACAUUCUCCGCACGAAAGAAUGUGUCCUCAAUCUAGCUAGCGACUCCAUGGGCGAGUAUAUCAACAAGCUAGCCCACACCACCGGGAUAAACCCCGUUCCCGGCUGGAGAGUCUCAGGCGGUUACACCUUCGUCAAAGAUAAAUGGGCGCGAGCCGGACUCCAUCCACAGCCCUCGAGCUUCGUCGCUCCACUUCGGAUUUCCGAAUGUCCAGUACAGAUGGAGUGCCAGGUGGUUCAGGUGAAUGAGCUUCGCAAGGACCUGCCGGAUCGUAGCGGUCUCCUAUUAGCCAUCGAAGUCCGCGUCCUGCGUAUCCAUAUCCUUAAAAAUCUCCGCGUGGAGGGAUAUCCGAAUAGAGUCGACCCGGAUAAAUGGCGGCCGCUGAUUAUGUCGUUCCGGGAGCUUUAUGGUUUGGGGGGUGGCAAGGUGUGCACAAGCGACUUGGGUGGAGGGACCGACGAGGAGUACUUUCGUGAACUCACGAAGAGCGAUGUUGUGAAGCUGCCUGGAGAUGAUGAUCAGAUUGAGGUUAUUGAGGGUAACGCAUAA